CUUCGCGGAAAGACAAUGAAGCCAAUAUCAGUUCAUGACAUUGUUGUUAUAUCUUUAUUUCUUUUCUCACAGUUUGUUCGAGGGGUAAGAAUGAAUGCGUUUCCUGCACCAGAGUGAUCUGUUCUUCAUUAUAAAAUGUAUCAGGCUGUUUUGUGAGCUGGUUCACUUUGAGCUGGUGUCACGCUUUACUCACUACUGUCUGUAUUUGCAGCUGGAGGAUUGCAGAAGUGGAAUGUAUCCACCUAAAGGACCAACGUUUAAAGGUAAUGUGACCUGGUACACUGUUAAUCUCGAUUUACCUCCUAGUGAGAGAUGGACGCAAGUGAUCAAAGAUAAAAACACAGAGUUGAUCACAAUGGUACAAACAAUAAAAGACCUGGCCAAGGACUUUUUUGAUGGAAAACUUGUUGAUUUAGUAGACGAGGAGCUGCCUUUGAUUGUGGAUACACUUCCACAACCUUUCAGUGAUGAAAUCAAGGGAAUAGCAGCGGUUUCUGGCAUCCCUCUAGGUGAAAUUACACUGUUCAAUAUCUUUUAUGAGGUUUUCACUGUUUGCACAUCAAUUGUUGCAGAAGACUUUAAUGGAAAUAUUUACCAUGGCCGGAAUUUGGACUUUGGACUGUUUAUGGGGUGGGAUCGACAGAAUAAAUCAUGGACUUUAACAGAGAAGCUUAAGCCUCUUGUGGUGAAUGUCAAUUUCCAAAGAGACAACAAAACCGUCUUUAAAUCCACAAACUUUGCUGGAUAUGUUGGCAUGCUCACUGGAAUUAGACCUGGUGAAUUCAGUCUAACAACGAAUGAGCGUUUCAACCUUGAUGGGGGUUAUGUAGGGAUUCUGGAAUGGAUUUUUGGCAAGCGAGAUGGAAUGUGGAUGGGUUUUCUCACUCGGAAAGUUCUGGAAAAUGCUACCAGUUAUGAGGAUGCCAAAGGCCAGCUCUCUCUGACGAAACUGCUUGCACCCGCUUACUUCAUCUUGGGUGGUAACCGAACGGGUCAGGGUUGUGUGAUAACCAGGACGAGAAUAAACACAUUAGACAUAUGGGAACUUUAUAUGAAGCUUGGGAGAUGGUACGUCCUGGAAACAAACUAUGAUCACUGGGAAAAGCCUAUGAUAUUUGAUGACCGCAGAACACCUGCAAUGAAGUGCAUGAAUCAAACCACACAAGCGAAUAUUUCUCUGGCAUCAAUAUAUGAUGUUCUGUCUACAAAACCGGUUCUUAAUAAAUUGACAACCUACACGUCACUGAUGGAAGUGUCUACUGGAUCUCUGGAGUCUUAUAUCAGAGAUUGUCCAAAUCCAUGUACGCCAUGGUGAUCUGCCAUCAAAUCUGAAUUAACUAAGGCAUAUGAAAUACUGUUCUGGAUAUCUGUCAUUACAGGGCGGUGUAUAAGAAAAGGAGGAUGUUAAAAAUCAUAAUGGUUGCAAUUCUAUCUCUGAACUUGCACAUAUCUCUUCACAUGGACACGUCUGUUGUAACUGCUUUACCACUGCAGCAUUUGUGCAAUUGUUUCAAUUUUGCAUAACAAACUCUGAAUAACCACACAUUUUAAAUGGAAAUGUUUUUUUUAUAUAUUUUCUUUGAGUGUUGCCUUUUUCUUUAAUAUUUUGAUGAUAUAAGGAAAUCAGUUUUUCUGAAACCCUUGGUAAUGAUGCUGAAAAGUAUUUUUGUAAUUUAUACUGACAUUUUAUGUGUCUCUUGCUGGGACUGUGUUGAAUGUGUAAGUGGAGGUAUUACGAGUUACAAACAGUAAUAAAAUGUUUCAUCAACAAAGGCUAAA